AUUAAUGAGCAAUAAUCUCGGAGAGUGAUCGUUUUUGACUAUACGCGAUGUUUAAGAUCAUUGGACUACUCUGCAGUGAUCUAUUCCCAUCUCGAUAUCAUAUCAUUUUGGUGAUAUGAUGUCCACUCUCAACCAUCCCCGAAUGGGAGACGAUAGGAAUCCACUGUCUCACGUCUCAUACCUCUAAAAUUAUGGGCAGUGACAAAUGGCUUAUCCAGGGCACUAGGAGAUCCCAGUUCUUAUGCAAACAAGUUGUAAUCUAGGCGCCAUAAUCAAUCAUUGAAUCAAGGGAUAAAUUUUACCCUAAAUUUUAAUGGUAAAAGAAACACUUUUUAUGGCAAGGUCUGUUGAUACUUUCUGGGUAAAGUAGAAAGACGCAGCGUUUUACUCAGAGAAUAUAGAAAAGAUGGCAACGAACUUUUAGAGAAAGAAAUGAAUAUAUUUACUGUAUAUACAAGAGAAGAGAAGCACCAACUUCACACGCUGUUUCGCCUCUCUCUCUCUCCCUGAGACUCUCAAGAUCGUCACGGUAUCAAGAUUCAAACUGCAUCUAGUUUCUGGCUAUUUAACAUAAAACAUGGAAGGUAUUGUUGUCAGAAGGGUUAUUCCCUCAGACAAUAGUUGCCUCUUCAAUGCAGUCGGAUAUAUUAUGGAGCACAACAAGCAUAGAGCUCCGGAGUUAAGACAGGUUAUAGCUGCGACGGUAUCGAGUGAUCCUGCAAAAUACUCAGAGCCGUUUCUUGGAAAAUCAAAUGCAGAGUACUGUACCUGGAUCAUGGAUUCCGAGAAGUGGGGAGGUGCCAUCGAGCUUUCGAUAUUAGCAGAUUACUAUGGACGUGAAAUUGCAGCAUACGAUAUCCAAACCCUAAGAUGUGAUUUGUAUGGCCAGGCUAUGAAUUACUCAGAAAGAGUCAUGCUUAUAUAUGACGGUCUGCAUUACGAUGCCUUAGCGUUAUCUCCAUUUGAGGGAGCCCCAGAGGAGUUUGACAUGACUGUAUUUCCUGUACACAAAGAUAGGACCAUUGGGCCAGUUGAGGAGCUUGCUUUAAAUCUUGCUAGGGAUGCUCAAAGGAAGAGGAGCUAUACAGAUACUGCAAACUUCACAUUACGUUGUGGAGUCUGUCAAAUUGGUGUCAUGGGCCAGAAGGAGGCUGUGGAACAUGCACAAGCAACUGGGCAUGUCAACUUUCAGGAGUAUAAAUGAGAACAGAUAAAACAGCGAGAAAGACGAAUGUAAACCUUAGAAAAUCCAUUCUUCUCUUGGUGAUUCUUCCCAUAUCUGUACUUAUUGGUUUAUUCAUUUAUUUUAACAGAUGGGGAUAUAUUUACAAAAUGUAACUUCAACCUGUUGAUGUUAAUGUGAUGAAAAUGUGCUAGACUAUUUUGUGAAAGAUUUUUGUUUUCAUUAUUA